AUGGCAUCAUAUCUGAAGAUUAUUUUAGGAAUUUGCAGAUUAUUUGUAAGCAUAUUUUAUCUUGCCACUGUUAAUUUGGAAGAAAAGGGUAUAUUUUGACUCUUUAUCAUUGGCCUGUGCUUAGACUUGGGGUAUUUUAUUGUGCUUGGAGUUAUAAUAACUUUUGACAAAGCUCAAUCUUUGCUUAUCGAAAGUUACUUAUACAUGGCUUACUUCUUUUGUCUUUUACUAUACAUUUUACUGGGACUAAGCCCUAUACGGUCAGAAUCACUUAAUAGUUUUGUCCCCUUCGAAUACUCAAAAACGCUAUAUUUAUGCCAAUUGGUUACACAUCAGGUUUCCCAGCUUAUGAUUAUGGCUGCUAUUGUGUGAAAUAGUCUGGCAGCAGUAAAAGCCCAAAUUCAAUCCUUUUUUGUAAUUGGCUUCAUUCUUAUAGAAGGAGUGAUAACCUGCUAUUCGAUUGUCCAAGUCUCAUCAAAAAUUAUGAAAAAAUUCGAGCCUGAUAAUAGGAUUGAGUUUGAAAAUGAAAGAGAAUGGCAUUCCAUCAAUGGAUCUAGUGGAGACUCGUCAAUUGGUGGUGCAUCUUUUUAUACUGCAAGAUCAACAUAA